CUGUAAUGACGUAGACCUCGAAUCUGAUGACGUUCCCCACAUCCCAGUGUCGCGGGUAACUGUAGUUUGAAAUGACAUGACAACCUUAGCACAACCAACAAUUUGCUGAACAUGGGGAUUCCUGGCAUUGUACCAGCUCGAUUCCUGACACUGAUUGCACACCUUGUCAUUACGUGGAUAAUUUUCUGGUCAAGGGGUGAUAAUAUUCUAGCAUGCUUGCCACAGUCUUACAGCCAAGAUGAGUACAAUCGCAAAGACAUGCAACUCGUCGUUGGACUGUCAGUUUCUUUAGGUCUCAUUGCAGUGGAACUCGUUGGAUUCUUCACAGGGAUUUCCAUGUUCAUGCCAACUGUUGCUCUCGUCUCAAUAGCAUCCCACGCAAGCGGCUCCAUAGCUCUUGCUUACUUCAUAUUUGAUGUAUGGGAUUGUGAUCUCUACUGGUGGGUCUUCUCGUUCUGCAGCUGCACACCUGCAUUGUUGGAGAUUUCUACCGCCUUUGCUGUGAUCGUUCUCAAAAAAGGCUUGUAAUCAGGGAGAGUUCAUCGUUUUGAAACUGGUUUCUAUUUUCCCUGUUCUGAUCGUCUGAUUUCUAGGCGUGUCCACCUCCAUUCUCGGCCCACUUGCAAACCCAGCCGGGCUGAGCCAUGAUGUAGUUUCCAUGUGAGAUGCAGCAUAGAUCAAAGCAAUGUACUAGAUGCUAAGCAUUUCCAGAAAAGUUGGCUAUAACACACGAGAUAUGCCGAAACCCACUGUGCUUAUAUAACCAAUGUGCCCCCACAUGGUACAUGUGUAAACCAGUAUUACAUGUCCACAUGUGUUAACAUGUAAUAAAGGCAAAUAUAGAUUAGUGUGUAGGAGCCCUGGUGGUAUUUGUAUCUGUAGAGUCCGUAUUGUGCAGUGGUACCAUGCAGCCUAAAAAUUUCAUUUUUUUUACGAGAGCUCUUUCUUGAUUUUGUAUGAAAAAAAGAGCUCUCGUAAUAUUUUUA